UCAUCUCCUCAUCUCCUCAUACUAGCUGCAUUUGUAGUCAUUUUCAACAUUUUGUUGCUUAACGCAUUUUUUUUUUUUUAAUUGUCUGAUUAUCAUUCCCCUUUGAAUUUUAAUGGAUAUUGAGAGUUUGAGGUAUGCUGCUCAGCAAGAAAGUAUUGAAGGCCUGUACGAAUUGAUACGGGGAGAUGCUGCUCAACAAGGAAGUGUUGAUGCCUUGUACGCAUUGAUACAGAGGGAUGCAAAAGUUUUGGAUAGGAUCGACGAGAUUCCAUUUGUUGAUACUCCUUUACAUGUCGCUGCAUAUGCAGGACACACCCGAUUUGCCAUGGAGAUCAUGAGAUUAAAGCCAUCAUUUGCUAGGAAGCUUAAUAAAGAUGGCUUCUCCCCCAUGCACCUUGCUUUGCAAAACAACCGAACUCAAGUGGUGCGCCAACUACUUGAUGUGGACGAAGACCUUGUUCGUGUCCAAGGAAGGGAGGGUGUGACUCCUUUGCAUUACGCAACUCAAACAGGAGACCUUCAUCUUUUGGUUGAAUUUCUAAAAGCCUGCCCCAAAUCUAUUGAAGAUAUAACAAUUCAAAGGGAGACUGUCCUGCAUAUUGCCCUCAAACACAACAUGUUUGAUGCUUUUCGCCUCUUGUUGGGAUGGCUUCGGCGGGCUUGGUUUAAAAAUGCCUCAUUGUGGGAGAAGAAGUUACUGAACUGGCAGGAUGAGGAAGGCAACACUGUGUUGCACAUUGCUGUAUCAAAAAAUCAACCCCAGAUUGUGCGAUUGAUAUUGAAUUUUAGGUCCUUCUUCCGCUGUAAAGUUGACAUAAGCGCCAAGAAUUUCAGGGGUUACAGAGCGUUGGACAUGUUACAAGGGAAUAAAGCGAACAAGCAAAACCAAGAGAUCAAGGACAUGCUACGUUCUGCUAAAUGUUUUAGUAUUUUUCAUCUUCCGAAAGUUGAAUCUUUUGCAGACUACUUGAAAUCUCCAGUCCAAAUUGACGAGAAGAUAUACAUAUUCUUUCUCCGUCAGAGAACAAAAAUGACAAAUGACACACGCAAUAUCUUAUUGGUGGUUGCUGCACUGCUUGUAACAGUCACCUUUCAAGCAACCCUCAGCCCCCCUGGCGGAGUUUGGCAAGAUAACAAGUUGGCCAAUAGCGUUGCCCCCACCGGUGUUAUUGUUGAAGAUGCACACUAUGCAGGGACAGCAGUCAUGGAUGAAUAUCUUUUCGGUGUACUUGCGGUUUUAAAUGUGAUAUCCUUUUCUAUAACAGUCUUUACCAUAUUCGUUCUCCUCCCUAGUGGUUUUCGAAGUGGUAUGUUCUUCGUACCCCUUUAUAUCUUCUCUCUGUGUUUUGUCGCGUCAUUAUUGAUCACAUCUCCAGUGGACUUCGUUUAUGGGUUAAAUGGUCAGCAAGUAGUUGGUUUCAUGUUUUCUCCUCUGUUGGUUCCGGUUUUGGAAGGCAUUGUGAGGUGUAGGCAAAGAAAACUUUUCGAGGCCUUUCUACCAAAAGUGAAAGUGCUUGACCCAACUCUUACAUAGAUAGGUGGGAUUUCGCUAUUCCCCCAACGUAGUUGGGUGCCGAGUCAAGCAUCUAGUUAGCUACUUAGUUCGUUGGUUACUGUAUGGGUUCUGCAGUAUUUGUUUCCUUUGUUUUUAUGUUUUGAUUGAUUUGUAUUAUUGUAUAGGUGUGUUUUGGGUUGGUUUUAGCUUGUUAAUUUGCUGUGGGCAGUAGUUGAUCGUUCCAUGAAGUGUGAUGUACUUGUGUGUUGUAUGUUGUAUUAGUAAUUAAGCUUUAAUGAAUGUUUAUUAUUAAGUUAUUA